GGGUAGGGGUAAGGGGUAAGGUACGAGGAUGGAGGUACCGGAAUGGAAUCGACAUCGGAGCGGGACCGGACCCACCACUAGGUGUAAGUAUGGAAAUUCAUUGCAAAGGCACUGUAACAUAUGCGUUUUCCAAAUUUGGAAAACUAGUAAAAGUCACUUCUCCAAAUCAUUAAGGAAAAGAGAGACAUGUUUCAUUUUUUCCGUUUUGGAAAACGAUUUGGUAAACGCGUUUUUCUUUUUUCCUUUCUCCAGUUUUCCAGGAAUAUCUUUGGUAAACACGUUUCCUGUUUUCUGUUUUCCAGUUUUCCAGUUUUCUGAAAAACUGGAAAAUAUUUCUGUUAGUAAACAGGCCCUAAGUAUUCUAUAUGUCAGAUGGGUGGGGCAUGGCUCUCUACCCAAUUCUGGGAGCAUUAUACUUAUACAAUGGACAAGGUAAGUGUCCAUGUAUUUUUAAUAUAAUAAUUUGAGUAUGACUAAGUAUUAAGUCUCAUUGCACCUGGUUGUGGAGUUGCCAGUUAACCAGUUUAGUUACUCAACCAUCGUGGACAUAGAGAAGUUUCUCUGCCAUUACUUCUGCUGCUAAAGGUUUUGGGUCUGAGCAAAUACGUAUAUAUAAUAUACGUGAUCUACUAGGUCCAAUGAUUGUUUUGUAAUGGAAUGGGCAAAAGAUUUUGAGCACCCAAAGGUAAUUCAUCAGCAUAUCUCACAUCUUUCCUAAGCUUUUGUUUAGGUGAGAGGAGGUAAAAGGAGGGAAGGAAAAAUGAGGAGAGGAUAUCUAGGAAAAGUAAAAUGCAAGAGUAAAUGUUCUGACCUUUUCCUAACUAAAAUACUUACGAGCUGGAACGUUAUUACUGUGUUUUUUGCUUUUACAAAAAAAAGGAGCUACACGAGCAGUCCCGUACUCUACUUUAGAUAUGAUUGAUGCAUAAAUCUCUACAUUUAUUAAAAACAGACCUUCUCGGCGCGCCACCAAAGUUGGACAAUAAUAUCUGACUCAUGUAACUAGGUUGCUAGGCGCACGCACUAAGUUUUCCCUAUUAAAACCGGUCGUAUCACAUGCGUAAUUUGUUUGCCAAGCCAUAUUGCUUCAUUAAAAUAAAAAUAACUUUUAAUAUUUCCUAAAAUUUUGUGUAACAUGCUUCUAAAAUAUAGCGUACUAAAUAUAUUCAUUCUUUUUUAUGCCUCACUAUUUGUAUCUCAUUCUUUUUUUAAUGUGUUUCAUGAUAAUAUCUAGAAUGUUUUUAAUUGAGAUGUUUUCGUGAUGAUUUCUAAAAAUACAGAAAAGCCGACAAGUAAUGUAAAAAUCGUUAAAUUAACUGCAAACUAUGUUGCCAUAAUGCCAUUGUUGAAUUUUUUGUCUCUGGUUCAAAAAUUCUUAAAUUGCAAAGACCUACUAUCCUCCGUCUCUUUUUAAUCGUAACAUGUUGAAUUUUACACUAUUCACGUAUUCUACUUUGACUACAUUUUAUAUUAUUAUUUUAUGAAAAUUAUUUUUUUAAAAAAAUAUUGUUCAAUUCAUCUCAUUACAAAUUUUCAAAAUCUAAUUUUUAAAUAUUUUUUACUAAUAGAGAUUAAGAUAUAAUUACGGUCAAAGACGUGCUAUGGCAAGUGUGAAAUGUUGACCGUUGCAAUUAAAAAAGAACGGAGGAAGUAUUAUUUAUAGGACCCAACACCAUAAGAAUAAAGUUCAACACUAAUAAUGAGUAUAGUAAAAAAUUAUAAGACUAAAUUGCAAAUAUCAAAUAUAAAAUAUAAAAUAUAUAACAUUACAACUUGCCUAGUAAAUUACCUUCACAACUAAAAUUACAUUUUAGUUCCUCGGUUUUUUAAAAUAUACACUAAUAAUAUUGUUCAAAAGUUCACAAAAGCAAUAUAUUAUAUUUAUCGUAUGAAGGAUCAUAAAAAGAUAUUCAAUUGAAUAUAUUUUAUGUCGAGAGGAAAUGAAAAUAGUCUAACAUUCUAUACACAAAAAAUCAUUUUUAUCCAUUUUUAAAAAAAAAUGUUAUUUGCACUAGAUUUAAAUUAUAUCAAUUUUUGAGUCAUCAACCAAAGUUACCUUCGAAGUGGCAGCAUAAUGGUUUGUCAAUAUAUGGAGUAGCAAUUUAAUAAGUGCGCAUAGCAACCCUUCUUUAGAUUACUUUAGUUUAAAAAAAUGGGAGGGGCAACAUGGUCUAGCUAAGGUUACAAAUAGCAAUAAUGGAGUGCGCCUAGCAAUUAGGCGUGGACCCGGUUCGGGCCGCCCGGCCCGUCACUGUGCGGGCCCGGAACCGGCCCGGUUCUCGGGUCCGGGUCCGGUUCGGGCAGAGACCCGGUCGGGUUAGCGGGACCGGGCUCGGGUCCUAGUUUUGGAGGCCCGGCCCGGCCGGGUCGGGCCCGGGCCCGGGCCUAACGGUCCAAUAUUAAAAAAAAAAAAUUUUUUUUUUUUGAUUCUUUUGGCUCAACGGCCACCCCAAACGGCUAUAUAGCCG